AAAAACAACAAAAACUCUUAACUAGACACCCACAAAGUCCAACUGCAUAGACGACAACAAAAACUUCAAUUGACCCCACAAAAUAUUUAGCUGUGGAAAAUGUUUAGAAUUUGAAUAGUGUUGUAAAACGUUUAAUGAACAGCUGUUAACUGAUAAGAAUUUAAAAAAGAAAAUAACAAAGUACAAAUUUAGCUUAGAUUUUGAUUAGAAAGUAAAAUUAGAUAAAGACAAGAAAUGACUGAGGAUGAAUUAGAAAAGAUUUAUAGACCUUCGGCUACCUUAAUAAUAGCGGCUAAAACUAACAAUAACCUAGAAGAAGGCUACAAUUAUCAAUUUUUACUGGCCAAACGUGCUGCUGCCAUAGCCUUUGCUCCCGAUCAUUAUGUUUUCCCCGGUGGAGCAUUCGAUGCAAAAGCCGAUGACAAUAUUGAAUGGUUGCAAUAUUUCGAAGCAUUUGGCAUUUCAAAGGAGGAUUUGCAAAAACUAAGUCUACAGCAUUUACCCAAUCGUCCCAAACCCCUAAUGACGAAUGGCCGAAAUUUGUGUCGUGAUAUUUCCUUACGUAUUACUGCCAUUAGAGAAGCCUUUGAGGAGGUUGGUCUGCUAUUGUGUUUAAAUCGUGAUGAUUUGAGAAGUAAACACAAAAUCCAUAGUAGUUUCAAACAUAAUUUCGAUCGUUCUUAUUGGCAAGAUAAGGUGCAUAAUAAUGCAUUGGAAUUUUUAAAUUUAUGUAAAUAUAUGGAUGUUGUACCAGAUUUAUGGUCUCUACAGGAAUGGAGUAUGUGGCGUAGUCCACCGGCAGCUAGAAAAAAGUACGAUACUGCGAUAUAUAUUGUGACAUUAGAGAACCAACCGCAGUUGUUACUGGAACCGACUGAGGUAGAAAAGGAAUUGUGGGCAACACCUACUGCUUCUCUCAAACUUUACAAAGAUCGCACUAUAUGGUUGGCACCUUUGCAAUUUUAUGAAAUCUCUCGAUUGUCCAAUGUCUUAAAUUGGUCUAAGUUGCAAGCUUUUGUAAAAGAGCGUAAUUCCAAAGGUAGUACAUUAAUAAUGCUGGCUUAUUUUAGAUGUACGGAUUAUUUAGUGGGAACUUUACCUGGUGAUGAUUGCUAUCCCGAAAAUCAUUUAGAUCACAAGGAAACUGUGCAAUUAUCCUGCACGGAUAAGGAAUUUAAGGCAAAAACUAAAAAUAUUCAUCGUAUAACAUAUUACGACAUGUAUGAAUUGGCUGUAACAUGUAAUAUUAAACCCAUAGAUGGACAUUUAAGUCCAGUUUUAAAUAUUUUGGAUAAUAGUAAAUUGUAGAAACAUUUUAGAUUAUUAAACGACUAUUAUCUCAAAAUAUAGUUAAGUUAUUAAAUUAUUACUGGAGUUUGAA